GCGUGCGUGUCCCUGUUACCCAACGUGUCCCCCCCUGCUUCCCUGUGUCCCCCCUAUUACCCUUUGUCUCCUCCCUGCUGCCCCGUGUCUGUUACCCUGCAUAUCCCACUAUUACCCGUCAGGUGCAAUAACUUGGACACUGUCACUAAAUCGCCUUUAAACGUCUGCCCAGGAAAUACAGUCAGCCUGAUGGAGGCGUCGCUAACAUAUAGUACCUAUACUUUUAUAUUAUAGGGAUGGGUAGAUGCUUGCUGUUGUCUCUAGAUCAGUGCCUAGUGCUUGUUGUAUAGGUCCCCUGUCAUCUGCUUCCUUUAACGGCCCUAAAGGCAGGACAUUGGGGUUCCAUAGGCAUCCCCCCACCCUUCCCCAUGCAACUUUGUCUCAAAUAUCUAAAGAGUUCCUGGGGGGUGUUGGUAGACUGACCCCCGAAGUAGCAGGUAGUACACGGACAUGGAAUGGCACCAUAAAACGUGGAGUCCAGAACCGGCGAGGCUCAGGGCACAUGAAGUCUCUGUAGACUGCGGCGGAGCUCGGGGCUCAGUCCGGAAGAGCUGAUCUGGGAUCUGUCUGCCCCACAAACAGGGUGUGAAUGAGCGAGGAAGAGCCCCCCCCUGCUCUCGCUGACACGGUCCUGCGUUUCCUUUGCCAUGAUGACAUAGACACAGUGAAGGAGCUAUGUGCCGACUGGUUCCCCAUCGAGUACCCAGAUUCCUGGUACAGAGACAUCACCUCAAACAAGAAAUUCUUCUCCCUGGCAGCCACAUACCGUGGGCAGAUUGUGGGCAUGAUCGUGGCAGAAAUAAAGAGCAGGACCAAAGUGCACAAAGAGGAUGGGGACAUCUUGGCAUCCAGUUUCUGCAGCGACACCCAGGUGGCAUACAUCCUGAGCCUCGGCGUGGUGAAGGAAUUCAGGAAACAGGGGAUCGGUUCCUUGCUGCUGGAAAGUUUGAAGAGUCAUAUCUCCAGCACAGCCCAGGAUCUCUGCAAGGCUCUGUACCUGCAUGUUCUGACAACCAACAGCAGCGCCAUCCGCUUCUACGAGAACCGCCAUUUUUAUCAACACCACUAUCUGCCGUACUACUACUCCAUUCGCGGCGUGCUGCAGGAUGCCUACACCUACGUCUUAUACCUCAACGGAGGGCACCCGCCCUGGACAGUGAUGGACUACCUGCAGCACCUGGGCUCUGCGCUGGCCGGUCUCAGUCCUUGCUCUCUCCCACAGAGGAUCUACCGCCAGGCUCACACUCUGCUGCGCAGUUUACUACCUUGGUCUGGCAUCUCGGCCAAGAGUGGCAUUGAGUACAGUCGCACCAUGUGACCCAGAUGUGAGCCAGAAGCUGGCCGCCUUACGACCUCCCACUCCGCACUGCACCUCUCCAGGACAGGUCUCUGAUUCCGCGUCCUAGAGGAGCUCUGCAGUCACGUGGCUUCCAUCACAGGAUACAGGGUCUCUUACUCCAUCAGCUCUCAGCAGCCCGGGAUCUGCACAAAGUACUUUGGACGGGAUCUUCCCCUGCUGUUUCCAUGAUGUCUGGCUGCCGCUUUACGCCUGGUCCCAAUAAGCCUUGUAUUUGAGGAAGAUCCCGUUCUUUCCGGUGACACAGGAAGCAGCCUACGUUCUGCCCUAUUUUGUAGCCUGGAGCUGCAUGUGCUCUUUUUAAAUGCAUAUUAUUAUUGUUGUUGGUCUCCCCCCCCCUUCCCCCUCUAAAAAUGCAUUGGUGCUGGAGUCAGUGGGGGUAAUUCCAAGUUGAUCGCAGCAGGAAUUUUUUUAGCAGUUGGGCAAAACCAUGUGCUGUGCAGGGGAGGCAGAUGUAACAUGUGCAGAAAGAGUUAGAUUUGGGUGGGUUAUUUUGUUUCUGUGCAGGGUAAAUACUGGCUGCUUUAUUUUUACACUGCAAAUUAGAUUGCAGAUUGAACACACCCCACCCAAAUCUAACUCUCUCUGCACAUGUUAUAUCUGCCUUUCCUACAGUGCACAUGGUUUUGCCCAAUUGCUAUCAAAAAUCCUGCUGCGAUCAACUUGGAAUUACCCCCAGUGUCUGUAUGUGUCCGCAGAGGUGCGGCAGGUGGUUAACCUCCUUUCAGACCAUCGCUUGCCUGCUUUCUAGAGGUAGCAAAUGAUUCCAGGCUGGAGGGUGAGAUUACAGUGAGGGCUGUGCCGCACUAUGCAGCAGUUUGAGGCCUCUGCUAUGUAGAGGACAGAAUUGCCUUCCCUGCCCAUCAGCGUCUUCCCUAUGUGUUAUACCAGUGCACAUGCACAAUGCUGGUACCUGCUCCCAAUGUUUAUGGUUAGUGUGGGGCCUAGAGGUGGGUCCCAGUGUAAACCGGUAACAUAGCUGAACCUGUGUGUUAGGAAUGUUCUGAUCUGGGCUCAAAUGACAAGACUUUAAAUGUGCACCCGUUUCUGCAGCCAACGUUUACCACCACCAUGUUGUGGGAGGAGCCAGUGUCCAUGAGACUAAAGCCAUGUUGAGCCGAUCCAUUCCCUAGGAGCCGGGGUUCUCAUUAGCUCCUGAUGACCAGGGGGUAUAUUUACUAAAGGUCGAUUUUGUUUGAUGUCAGAUCAAUUUUAAAUUGAUUUUAAUCGAUGUUGGGCUUCCAGGGUUAAAACGCACAUUUACUAGCUGAUUAUUAUUUUUUUUAGAUUAAUUUUUAAAUGUUAGUAAAUGUGUUUUUUAACCUUGGAAGCCCAACAUCGAUCUAACAUCGAACAAAAACCAAACAAAAUUGUCCUUUAGUAAAUAUACCCCCAGACAGCUAUAUUAUCCUCAACCAGUGUUUCCCAACUCCAGUCCUCAGGACUCCAUGUUGUCCAGAUCUCCGGGCAGGUGCACAGGUGUAUUCAUUACUGGCUGACAUAUUUGAAAAGAUUCACAGGUGGAGUUAAUUAUCUCACUUGCCAUAUGGAGAUCUGUAAAACACGCACUGUUAGGGGUCCCUGAGAACUGGAGUUGGGAAACGCUGUCCUAAGCAUUGGUUCCGCAAUCUAGCUGGCAGCUGUUAUUGGGUGCAGUAAGCAAGGCCAGCUUUACCUCCUACCCCAUAAUAUACUGCACUGUACAGAUAAUCACGUGAGAUUCACUUUAUCCCCCCUCAACGCCCGGUUGAACUCUGUAAACACUUGCAGAGCUAUACAUACUGUCCGUUGUAUAAAAUAAAGCCUGUGAAUGAAUGUGGAGUGAGUGCCGUCUACUAUUGAUCUUGCCCUGGGCUAUGUUGGAUAAUGUUUGUUUCUGAUCUGUAAUCCCUGGGUUCCUAUUGGUAAAAGACUCUUUGCCCAAUAUCGCACAGCAGAGAGGGGAUCUGAUUGGCAAACACUGGUGUCAAUGCUGGAACAGAAAAGGGCAAUAAAUAUUUUUGUUUUCUCUAAUAACCCUCUAGUUUGUUAAGGGCAAAACUAUUUUCUUUUUAUUUGGCAUUAAAGUAGCCCCAGUCCCAAUACAUUAUUUAAUGCAGCAGUUUGCACUGAAUAUGCCAACAGGGCUUUUGAUUUGUGCUAGGUACCUGAUUAUGUUGACGUUCCUUUUUUUUUUUUUUUUUUUAAACAAGUCACAGAUUUAUUGUUAAUCGACCUUAUUAUUAUCUGUUACUAAUAGACUCCCAGCCGUAGCCCCAGGGGCAUCUCCAAGUGACAGUUUUUUGUUUGGUUUGGCCCCAGUGUUUGGUGAUGCUGCAGAAGGGAUGUGUCACUAGGAGGGGGGACCAAUCAGAAGCCACAAUCACCGAUUGGACAAUCCUUCUGCCUCGUGUCCCAUGCAGCUAUAAAUAGGAAAUACCUGGUGUACUGGUGCACAAAUAGCAAGUCUCUUGUCCCUCCCUGAUGUACCUGUGAAUGUGUAUGGAUGGGCUUUUCCGUUUCCUCUUCUGGGGUUGCAUUUAGCUGUACACUUGCACCGGUCGUUGUGAAAUCCUUUGAAUGUUUUCUAUUUAUGAUAAUGGUAUUGUAAAAUAAUAAAAUAUUCUAGAAUCAUUGCA